GGCUCGGCCCCCAGAGAGGGUGGGGAGAUGACACAGUUGUUCCCCCAGCCCUGGCGGGGCGGGCAGCAUGGUUCACUCCAGCAUGGGGGCUCCAGAAAUAAGAAUGUCUAAGCCCCUGGAGGCCGAGAAGCAAGGUCUGGACUCCCCAUCAGAGCACACAGACACUGAAAGAAAUGGACCAGACACUAAUCAUCAGAACCCCCAGAAUAAGACCUCCCCAUUCUCUGUGUCCCCAACUGGCCCCAGCACAAAGAUCAAGGCUGAAGACCCCAGUGGCGAUUCAGCCCCAGCAGCACCCCUGCCCCCCCAGCCGACCCAGCCUCAUCUGCCCCAGGCCCAACUCAUGUUGACGGGCAGCCAGCUAGCUGGGGACAUACAGCAGCUCCUCCAGCUCCAGCAGCUGGUGCUUGUGCCAGGCCACCACCUCCAGCCACCUGCUCAGUUCCUGCUACCGCAGGCCCAGCAGAGCCAGCCAGGCCUGCUACCGACACCAAAUCUAUUCCAGCUACCUCAGCAAACCCAGGGAGCUCUUCUGACCUCCCAGCCCCGGGCCGGGCUUCCCACACAGCCCCCCAAAUGCUUGGAGCCACCAUCCCACCCCGAGGAGCCCAGUGAUCUGGAGGAGCUGGAGCAGUUCGCCCGCACCUUCAAGCAACGCCGCAUCAAGCUGGGCUUCACGCAGGGUGAUGUGGGCCUGGCCAUGGGCAAGCUCUACGGCAACGACUUCAGCCAGACGACCAUUUCCCGCUUCGAGGCCCUCAACCUGAGCUUCAAGAACAUGUGCAAACUCAAGCCCCUCCUGGAGAAGUGGCUCAACGACGCAGAGACUAUGUCUGUGGACUCAAGCCUGCCCAGCCCCAACCAGCUGAGCAGCCCCAGCCUGGGUUUCGACGGGCUGCCCGGCCGGAGACGCAAGAAGAGGACCAGCAUCGAGACAAACGUCCGCUUCGCCUUAGAGAAGAGUUUUCUAGCGAACCAGAAGCCUACCUCAGAGGAGAUCCUGCUGAUCGCCGAGCAGCUGCACAUGGAGAAAGAAGUGAUCCGCGUCUGGUUCUGCAACCGGCGCCAGAAGGAGAAACGCAUCAACCCCUGCAGUGCGGCCCCCAUGCUGCCCAGCCCGGGGAAGCCGGCCAGCUACAGCCCCCAUAUGGUCACACCCCAAGGGGGCGCGGGAACCUUACCGUUGUCCCAAGCUUCCAGCAGUCUGAGCACAACAGUUACUACCUUAUCCUCAGCUGUGGGGACGCUCCACCCCAGCCGGACAGCUGGAGGGGGUGGGGGCGGGGGCGGGGCUGUGCCCCCCCUCAAUUCCAUCCCCUCUGUCACUCCCCCACCCCCGGCCACCACCAACAGCACAAACCCCAGCCCUCAAGGCAGCCACUCGGCUAUCGGCUUGUCGGGCCUGAACCCCAGCACGGGAAGCACAAUGGUGGGGUUGAGCUCCGGGCUGAGUCCAGCCCUCAUGAGCAACAACCCUUUGGCCACUAUCCAAGCCCUGGCCUCUGGUGGAACCCUGCCCCUUACCAGCCUUGAUGGCAGCGGGAACCUGGUGCUGGGGGCAGCUGGCGCAACCCCGGGGAGCCCCGGCCUGGUGACCUCGCCGCUCUUCUUGAACCAUGCUGGGCUGCCCCUGCUCAGCACCCCGCCUGGCGUGGGCCUGGUCUCAGCAGCAGCUGCGGCCGUGGCAGCCUCCAUCUCCAGCAAGUCUCCUGGCCUCUCCUCAUCCUCUUCAUCCUCCUCCUCCUCCUCCUCCACUUGCAGCGAGGUGGCCGCACAGACCCCUGGAGGCCCAGGGGGGCCCGAGGCAGGGUCCAAACCUGAGUGAGGGCCAGCCAUGCCUCCCCUCCCAUUCCUCUGAUCCCUGCCUUGGUCCCUCACCUGGGAAGAGGGCGAGGAGGCCAGUGGUGGGGACACAGAGGGUCCUCAGAGCAGAGUGACAAGGGAGGAAAGACCAAAAAAACCAACCAACCAAAAAAAAAAAAAA